AUGAACAUAAUGAAACACAAUAAUUCAAUGAUUAACAAUCGUUCAUUGCAAGGAAACUUACGAUUGUUAUAUCGAAGUGAGGCAAAGAUAAAGUGUUACGAGUCUUCUGUCGAUUUGAGGUCAUGGAGUCACGAUGCCUGGAGGCGAAGUCGGUAUCUGCAGGAAUGGAUGAAAUCUAAUGUGCCCAUCCGGGUUAUACCGGGGCAAACAUUGGCUUUCAUUUUGAAUACUAUGACUUGCAGAAGUCGCAGAAAGGUGGCACCCAAAUGCCAUCCGGAUUGUAAAUCAAAAUUAGUCUUGGACAGUAUAUGCAAUUCAUGUGGCGCUAUGCAAGAGUGUUUAAAAAACGACAGUGCCUUCGGUUCAUACUUUCAAGAGGAAGAAUUCGAAACCUGCUACUGGCCUUGUGAACGAUGUUUAGAAGUUUUAAAAAAUAUAAAAAUGUUUUGGAAGAUAUUUGUGGAAAAGGUCUUCAAUGUUAAGAUCCCAAAAUCUGCAGAUUACAAAGAUAGCUCUCUUAAAAUUCACAGGGCUGAUACCGUUCAUUCAGUAGCCAAAAUGUGGGAGAAGGAAAUUAUAGAGCAGGCCAUGUUUGUAAAUAAAAUUGUACCUAUAUUGAAAAGAAAAUCAGAGUCAAAACCGAUGGACGUCCUGUCUUUACAAAAAGAAAGUCAAACUGGUGACUUUAUUACUCUUCACAAAAGCUUACCUAAAACUUUACCUGAUAAGAAAAAAUCUUCUGGCAGAAAGAAAAUAACUAGGAGCACGUCAGUAAAAGUAAAAAUGGUUAACCAGGAGACUAACACUAGCAACAUUGAAAAUGAAGAAAUAAAAAUUUAUAAACACAACGUAGAAUAUUUACAGAAAAAAUUCAAUCGUCAAGAAAGUGAAAUAGAAAAUUUGAGACGGGAAAAUAACUCACUGAAGAUUGAAUUAGAAAAUUUCUAUGAAAAUUGUUCAUGGCAAGUUCCGUUCAAUACACCAGCUAAAACGAAAAUCGAUCAUAUAAUAAUUGACUCAAGCACAACUAUACCUACACCAUUUGAGUGUUGUGUUGAAGAUAUAAGUAAAGAAAAUGUUUCAAAGGGAAUAGACUCUGAAAUGAUUAUCACAAUGCGGAAUUGUAAAAACGAGAAAUUCAAACAUGUUUCUUUUUUACAAGUUCUGCAUAAAACUAAUGGACCUAUAGAUAUUCUCGAUAAUAUAAGAAGUUCGGUUCAUAUUAAGGAGAAUCCUAUAGACCUCUUAACUAAAGUCCGUAACACUUUCGGCGAAUUAGUUCGAAGAGAGAUGGACGUUGUUAACAAAGCAAAGGAUCCUAUUAAUGCCUCUGAAAUUACUGCAAGUUUUAUAAGAGUGAAUGUUAGUAAGUCCGAACCGUCGUGCACCGCUGUUGGAUAUUGCUCCAAAGUAAAUGCAAGUAGUUCAGAAUCGCCUUUUGCCAGUUUGUAA